GUGCCCGCGGGUUUGAACGCCAAGGUGACUUUCACGAAGUUCCUGAUGAGCGAACCUGGGGUGAAACGCAAGAGCUGCACGAAGGACUACGUGGAGAUCAGCACGCAGAGGUACUGCGGGGAUGAGAAAUCGCUGGUGGUCUUCAGCCAGACCAACGAGAUGACGGUCCGAUUCCAUUCCGACGCAACCUACGUGGACCGGGGCUUCACUGCUCAGUACGCAGCCUUCGAACCUUCCAACCCCUGCCCUUCACAGUUUCGCUGUGCGAACGAACGGUGUAUCAGCCAGAAUCUGCAAUGUGACGGCUGGAAUGACUGUGGUGACUCCAGCGACGAGCUCAUGUGCACUUGCAAGACUGACCAGUUUACAUGCAAGAACUCUCUGUGCAAACCCAAAUUCUGGGUCUGUGAUGGAGUCAACGACUGUGGAGACAACAGCGACGAGGAGCCCUGUGCCUGCAAGUCCGAUCAAGCCAAGUGCAGAAACGGGAAAUGCAUUUCGAAGAAGAUGUUGUGCGACCGCCGCGAUGACUGCGGGGACGGCAGCGACGAAUCCGAGUGCGAGACCACGACGGUGAUCGACUGCACGGAGUUCAGCUACAUGUGUAAGAACAAGCAGUGCAUCAACAAGAAGAACCCGGAGUGCGAUGGGGUGGAAGACUGCGCCGAUCACUCUGACGAGGCUGGCUGCAAUUGCGGGACGCGUCCCUACAAGACCUCGCGCAUCGUGGGCGGUCAGAACGCGGAGGAGGGGGAGUGGCCCUGGCAGGUCAGCCUGCACGUCAAGGGAGCAGGACACACCUGCGGAGCUUCGGUCAUCUCCAACCGCUGGCUGGUCACCGCGGCCCACUGCGUCCAGGACGACGCCAAAGUCAAGUACUCUCAAGCCAGCGUCUGGGAGGCCUACAUGGGUCUGCACGCUCAGGGGCAGCUGGGCAAGUUGACGGUGAAGAGCAAUAUAAAACGAAUCGUUCCUCACCCGAACUACAACACCUACACCUUCGACAACGACAUCGCCCUCAUGGAGCUGGACAGUCCCGUCACCCUUUCCAGCUUAAUCUGGCCCAUCUGCCUCCCCGAAUCCACCUACGUCUUCCCAGCUGGCAAGUCGGUGUGGAUCACGGGCUGGGGCGCCACCAAGGAAGGGGGCUUUGGUGCGACGGUGCUGCAGAAGGCUGAGGUUCGAAUCAUCAACGACACGGUGUGCGCGAGUCUGAUGUCCGACCUCACUUCCCGGAUGAUGUGCGCCGGGGUCCUGACCGGGGGAGUGGACGCCUGUCAGGGUGACUCUGGAGGCCCUUUGUCCAGUAUCGAGUCGAAUGGGCGUCUGUUCCUGGCCGGAGUUGUGAGCUGGGGAGACGGCUGUGCCCGGAGGAACAAGCCUGGGGUUUACACCCGUGUCACGAUGUACCGAGGCUGGAUCACCCAGGUCACAGGGGUGUGAUCAGGGGGAGUGAAGAGGACAGCGCGCUCCUCAGCAGCAACCAGGCUGUUUAUUACUGGGAACGGACAAUGGAAUUCAAACCCACUGUGCUUAUUGUCGGCAACCUUGGAGAGACAACCCACAAGAAAUAUUUUUGCAUUUUAUUUUUUUCACAAAAACGGACUGGGUAAAAAGGUUGUGUGUGUGUUUUUUAUUUUUUAUUUUGUAUAAAUAAAUCCAAAUGUAUUUUAUCAGAGAAUAAGGAGAUCCUGCAAUAUAGAUGUUUCACAGAUGAAGCUGAGUUUGCGUUUGUGUUUAGUCAAGUUAUAUAUCUUGUGUAUGUGCCUAGGAGGUAUCUGUGGUUUGAUAUGGGUGGGGAGAGACAGCAGUCACUACAGGUCGUCCUCUCAGGACUGUGAUGUUUCUGCCAUGUGUUGCGCUCCUCUUAAUUUCCUAGAAAGAACAUGCUGCUGCUACGUGAUCCCAGGCCAUUUUGUACGAGUGUGCUCGAAUUAAAUAAUUAAAUACUGCCACUGUUUCAGAGAUAAGACUCCUAUUGCAUAGCAGCUUCAUCCAUUCCAGCUUU